AUGGCGUCGCGUUAUGCCUCCGUUUCCAGGCUUCCAGCGGCUGCGGCGAGGCAGUGGGCAGAGAAAGUGCAGCACAGCCCAGCCAGCACGUACGAUCGAUCGAGGCUGCUGCUUGCAUCGCAUGCGAUGGCGCACGCCGUGCACGACCGCCUCCCGUUCCUCGCCUCGCCCCCGCCGCCACCGCCGCCCGCGAGGGAGAGGGGCAGGAACCCGUCCCUCGCCGAGAUGCUCCGCCUCGUCGGCGCCGCCACCGUCGACCCCGCGGCCGCCGCGGACGACGACGGCUCCGCGUCCGUGUUCUCGCUCCCGCUGCCGCUGCCGCUCCCCGCCACGCCCGGCCGUGACGCGGGGGCGGGAGGCAGCGGCGGUGGUGACGGCGAGUGCGCGCCCGUCGGGCGGAGCGUGCAGUUCCGCCUCGCAUUCACCGGCCUGACCUACAGCAUCCGCGCCAAGCAGCGCGGCGGGCGGCCCGGCAUGCUGCCCCUGCAGCGCCGCUCCGACCGCGUCACCGCCGCGGCGCCCGACGCGCACGCGCCGCGCACGAGGGCGCUGCUGGACGGCAUCUCCGGGGAGGCGAGGGAGGGCGAGAUCCUGGCUGUCAUGGGCGCCAGCGGCUCCGGCAAGUCCACGCUCAUCGACGCGCUCGCCAACCGCAUCUCCCGCGACGCGCUCAAGGGCGCCGUCACGCUCAACGGGGAGCCCCUCACGGGGAACAUCCUCAAGUCCAUCUCCGCGUACGUCAUGCAGGACGACCUGCUGUUCCCCAUGCUCACCGUCACCGAGACGCUCUCCUUCGCCGCAGAGUUCCGCCUCCCGCGGGUGCUGUCGCCGGCCAAGAAGCGCGCGCGCGUGCAGGCGCUCAUCGACCAGCUCGGACUCCGCGCGGCGGCCAACACCAUCAUCGGCGACGAGGGCCACCGCGGGGUGUCUGGAGGCGAGCGCCGCAGGGUCUCCAUCGGCACUGACAUCAUCCACGACCCGAUCCUCCUCUUCCUCGACGAGCCGACGUCGGGGCUCGACUCCACCUCCGCGUUCAUGGUGGUCAAGGUGCUGCGCCGCAUCGCCGAGAGUGGCAGCAUUGUCAUCACGUCCAUCCACCAGCCGAGCCAGCGCAUCCUCGGCCUCCUCGACCGCCUCAUCCUUCUCUCCGGCGGCCGCACGGUCUUCAGCGGGACACCUUCCGCCCUCCCGUCCUACUUCGCCGAGUUCGGCUUCCCGGUUCCCGACGACGAGAACCGCGCCGAGUUCGCGCUCGACCUGAUCCGCGAGUUCGAGUCGUCGCCGACGGGGACGAAGCCGCUCGUCGACUUCCACCGCGCGUGGCAGCGCAUGCACGCGCCGAGCCCCGGCUCGGCAGACGCUGAUCAGUCAUCGUUGGUGCCGACGAUGUCGCUGAAGGAGGCCAUCAGCGCGAGCAUUUCGCGUGGGAAGCUGGUGUCGGGCUCGGACGUGGCCGGGGAGGCGGCGUCGGUGCACACGUACGCGAACCCGUUCUGGGUGGAGAUGAAGGUGCUGACGAAGCGGUCGGCGAUCAACACGCGGCGCAUGCCGGAGCUGUUCCUCAUCCGUCUCGGCGCCGUGGUGGUCACCGGCGCGAUCCUCGCCACGGUCUUCUUCCGGCUGGACCAGUCCCCCAAGGGCGCGCAGGAGCGGCUGGGCUUCUUCGCCUUCGCCAUGUCCACCAUGUUCUACACCUGCGCCGACGCGCUGCCGGUGUUCCUCCAGGAGCGCUACGUCUUCCUCCGGGAGACGGCCUACGGCGCGUACCGGCGCGCCUCCUACGUGCUCUCCAACGCCAUCGUCUCCUUCCCGCCGCUGGUGGUCCUCUCCCUCUCCUUCGCCUUCACCACCUUCUUCGCCGUGGGCCUCGCCGGCGGCGUGUCCGGGUUCGCCUUCUACACGCUGGCCAUCCUGGCGUCGUUCUGGGCCGGGAGCGGGUUCGUGACGUUCCUCUCCGGCGUGAUCCCGCACGUGAUGAUCGGGUACACCGUGGUGGUCGCCAUCCUCGCCUACUUCCUGCUUUUCAGCGGCUUCUUCAUCAACCGCGACCGGAUCCCGGGCUACUGGGUCUGGUUCCACUACCUGUCGCUGGUGAAGUACCCGUUCGAGGGGGUUCUGCAGAACGAGUUCGGGCGCGGCGGCGAGUGCUUCGUGCGGGGCGCGCAGAUCUUCGACAACUCCCCGCUGGCGGCGCUGCCGGAUGCCGUGAAGGCCCGGGUGCUCGCGUCCAUCAGCUCCGCGCUCGGGGUGGGGAUCGGCGCCGACACGUGCGUCGUCACGGGCCGCGGCGUGCUGCAGCAGGCGGCGGUGACGCAGCUCGGCAAGUGGGAGUGCCUGCUCGUGACGGUGGCCUGGGGGUUCCUCUUCCGGCUCUUCUUCUACUUCAGCCUCGUGCUCGGCAGCAAGAACAAGCGGAGGUGAUCGCGCCCGCCGCCAUGGAAUUCACGCGCGUAUAUGUACAUUUCAAAGCAAUCAAUCGUCGAAGGUCGCCAUGGAAGAAAGAAAGCAAGAGUGCAAAAUGGAAGUGAAGGAAGAAGACAUAGUCAAAUAGGUGGUGAUUGUUCAUGAUUUUUUUUCGCCUUCUUCUUUCUCGAAUGAUUUGUAGCUAAAUAAGUGGUUUUAUUACGGGUAUACACAUGCUUGGAUCCACUGUCUUUUCGUUCAUUUUUUUGUCCUUUUUUCUGUGUGCCAAAAUCCCAAUGAUUAGAGAAGUUAACAACCAUUUUGUAA